UGACCAUAGUGCGUGAUGAAGAAUCACAUCCUUUUCGAGGUGCUACUAUUAAGCAUUGUAAUCUGUCCUGGGUGACUCCAGUAUAAACAGAUGACGUGCAACAAAACACUAUGGAUCUAGACAGGCAAAGGUCGAUAAAAAACCGGGUGCGAGAUGCUGGCAACUUCUCCUCUCUAAAAGUUUGCUACUGAAACAUUACACACAAAUCAAGGACGGUGUGCUUCUACCUCUGCAAGGUCGGGUGAGACCAGGAUGACGGCAACUGGGCAAAGCCUCAGGGACCCCAGUGGCCUGAUGAGAAGAGUGGUUGCUCGUCAUAACAACAGAGUAAUUAGUCAACAGAUCGCUCAUGUUGACACUGAUUUCAGCAAGUCCAAUCCUAUCAACUACAGCAAACACUCAAUGUACUUUGGAACCUGGAAUGUUUUAUCUUUAGUCAGCUCAUCUUCACAGCUUUAUCAACUCAGUCAGAACAUUGAUCACUACAGUCUUGAUAUUUUGGGUAUUACUGAAACUCAUAUGCCAGGAUCUGGAAGUACACUUUUGGACAAUGGUAGUCUACUUAUUCAUUCUGGUAGGGGAGAUGGUAUCAAAAGGCAAGGGGUUGGCCUAUGUCUUUCCAAAAAGGUCAGGAACUCCCUGAUCUCUUAUGUACCUACAUCAGAGCGGGUCUUAACAGCUAGGUUACACGGCAAACACCUCAACAUAUCUGUUGUUGUAGCCUACGCUCCGACUGACGGUGCUGAUGACGGAGAGAAAGAUCGUUUUUACAACGUUGUAUCAGACACGUUUGGUGAACUACCCCGACAUGAUCUGAAACUGCUACUGGGUGACUUCAAUGGAAAAGUUACUUCAAACAGAUAUGGAUUCGAGGGAGUUAUUGGUGGAGAAUCUCUCCAUAGUUCAUCAAGCGACAAUGGGACCAGGCUCAUGGAUUUCUGUGCAGCCAAUCAACUUGUUAUUGGUGGAACUCUGUUCCAGCAUAGAGACAUCCAUAAGGGUACAUGGCGGUCUCCUAACGGGUUAACUGUGAAUCAAAUAGAUCAUAUUUGUAUUAGUGGACGAUUCCAACAUUCGCUACUCGAUGUUAAGGUAUGUCGUGGGGCUGACAUUGGUUCAGAUCACUAUCUUGUUCGUGGACGGCUGCAAAUCAAACUGCAGUCGGUAGCUAAGAUCACUGCUAAAAGGCACGAUGUGCCUGCUAUCGAACAUUUGCGAAACUCGUCUAAGGUUCAAGAGUACAACGUGGCUCUUCAGAACCGUUUUAAUUGUCUGGCGAAUGAGGUCAACCUUGAGGACAUGUGGGAUAAUUUCAAGCAGACAGUCACUGAUGUCUCGAUGGAAGUGCUUGGAAAGCGUCCCCGGAAGGUUAAAGAACAACACCUUUCGCAAACCUCUAAGAACUUGAUAGAGCAACGGGGAAUGUUCAAACGGAGGGAUCCCACUUCAAACGUCAAUAGAUCAGCCUACUCUAAGCUUAAUAAAUUAGUUAAGAAAAGUUGUAAGAUUGACGACAACAACUGGGCUACUAAAAUAGCGACUGAUCUAGAGGAGGCUUCUAAGAAAGGCCAGCAAAGGGAAGUUUGGGAUAAGAUAAAGAAGAUUUCUGGGAAAAAGAAGAAGAAAGUGGGUAUGUCAGUUAGGGAUAAGGAUGGUCAUUUUAUUACAGACCCGGACAGUCAGAAGGAAAGGUGGAAGGAGCACUUUACUGAGCUCUUAAAUCCUCCACUAUCGGAUGCCAAUCUUGAUGACCUCGAUGGUGUGCCCUCACAACCGAGUUUUGACUACCUUUCUUGUUUUGACGGACCUCCUUCUAGAGAUGAGAUUAGUUAUGCUCUAAAGAAACUGAAGAACUGCAAAAGUGCAGGGGUUGAUGAGAUAACUAAUGAACAACUUAAGUAUGGUGGAAGUGCUCUUGUUGGCCAACUAGAGCUACUGUUUAAAAAGGUAUGGGAGGAAGAGGUGAUCCCUGAGGAUUGGCUUAAAGGUGUUAUAGUGGUUAUCGGAAAGAAGGGAGACACCUCAUACUGCUGCAAUAAUAGGGGUAUAACUCUUAGGGCAACGUCUUCUAAGGUUCUUCAAAUGGUUCUUCUUAAGAGGCUGGAUGUUGGAAUGGAGUGUCUUCUUAGGGAAAAUCAGUGUGGGUUCAGACGGAACCGCUCAUGUAUUGAUCAGAUUUAUUCCAUCCGCACCAUUAUUCACAACUGCAUUGAGUUUAACAUUCCACUUUAUGUUAAUUUCAUUGAUUUUAAGGCAGCGUUUGAUUCCAUCAGAAGAGAGUUUAUUUGGUCAAGCAUGAGACACUAUGGACUUCCUGAGAAAUAUGUUAGAAUCUUUCAGGCAUUCUUCAACGGAACCAUGAGUGCUGUCAGGGUUAAUGGUGAAAUGUCUGAUUGGUUCUCUGUUAAUUCGGGCACUGGACAGGGUGAUAUCCAGGGCCCUCCUGUAUUUAAUUUUUGUCUGAACUUUGGAAUCUUUUUGGCCGAGGUUCACAAAGCAAUCAGUCAUGGUGCUGUACUGCAAAAGGAACUAAAGGGUGCAGAUGAAAAAGUUAUCAUGGACAGUGACUACGCUGAUGAUCUGGCAGUGAUGGACAAUACUGAAGAAGGGCUGCAAGAGUCCACUGAUCUUAUAGCUUAUUACACCUCUUAUGCUGGGUUGAAGAUCAACGCUAAAAAGACACAAUGCAUGGCGAUCAGCAAGUGUGCGUCCCAGCGACCUUACACCGAAAGAGACAGUAUAAAGCUAACAGUGGAGGGAGAACCUGUUGAACAGGUCAGCAACUUUGUUUAUCUUGGUGCCAACAUCAGUGGGGAUGGUACCAUUGACCGAGAUCUUGACAUCAGGAUCCAGCGUGCUAAUGGUGCGUUCCAUCAGCUUUGGAAGAUAUGGAACAGUCGAACUAUAAGAACGCCCACCAAGAUCCGUAUCUACAAGGCUGCUGUUAUUACUAUUCUGUUAUAUGGAGCCGAAGUGUGGAACACAACAAAGAAGCAGAUGAAACGGUUUGAGGUCUUCCAUCUGACCUCCCUGAGAAGAAUCUUGAAGAUAAAGUGGUUCUUCCAUGUCUCCAAUGAAGAAGUUCUCAGGCGUGCUGGAAUUAAGUCUAUCGAAACUUUCAUCGGUGCGGCUAGACUAAGGUGGUACGGACAUGUUGUCAGAAUGCCAGAGACGCGGUUUCCCAAUUUCUUACUGGAUUGGAAACCAAACUAUGGAAAGAGACUGAGAGGACGACCCCGCAAAGGCUGGAUGGCCUGUGUACUCGAGGAUGCGGCUGAAUUUACAGGUGUCGAUAACAUCAGCAGAGAUGCAGUAAAACAGUUGGCUCUAAAGCGAGUGGAAUGGAGGAACAUGUUACGCCGUAGAAGAGAUGUGUGUGAUGCAGGCCACUCCAACGACUAGGAGGAGACCUCUUCAUGUAGCAUGUAUGUAUGGACGCAGCGCUAGACUUGUCCCACACUCAGAACAUCGGACAGAUGUUGAGGGCUCACUUCAAACAUUCUCAAUUCGUCGUGGUCUCCCUCAAAGAUGGCAUGUUCCAGAAUGCUAACGUUCUCUUCAGGACGAAGUUUGUUGACGGAGUAUCAGCUGUUACACGACACACUCAACAUUCCUCCACAAAACCUGUUCUGUCUGAGAAGGAGAAUAUUCAGCCGCUCGUUAAGAAAAACAAAAAACAAAAGGUUUAGUUACCAUGGUGACUGGUGAUGUGAAACCUACGUAGUCUUACUUUUUAAACAGUUGCUAUUCAAGUAGCUUCUUUUAAGUUUAAAUUAAGCAAAUUGUCAAGUUGAGAACUAAGGUGAUGUUACCAUGGUUACGGAUUAUUAAAACUGCGUAUCAAGUUCAGUGCGCGGCUUAAUGACUAUAAGUGUGUACAUGACUAGGGAGCACUGAGUUGCUAACUUUCUCUUGUUUAAUAUUAUUGCACACUUUGCAAAGCAGCCUUACAUUUACAACCUUAUGUAUGGAGUGCUCGUAAUACAAAGUAAAAGUAAUAUACACUGGUAUUAAUUAUUUGUUAUAGUUAAUUGUGCUCACGUGGUAUUUAUCUACGUGUGUCUUAUAUUUAAUACAAAAUUAAUACUUUUAAUCGGUUAAAGCUUAGAUUUUAAGCUUUUUUCUUUGUAAAUUUUAAACGACCCAGUUUUUAAGUCACAAUUUUUUAAAUUACUUGUUCUUUAUUAUAGUUAUCCUACGUUUCCCCUAGUUGAUGGCAAUGCCGUUGACUUUAAUAAAAAACGUGCUAAUAAAAACAAUCAUCAGUAUUUCUCAGUUUAUUAUGAGAUAUUUACGUUUGAAAUUAUGUACUGACGUUGAUAAGUUUGUGUCACGUGGUGUGAAUACUGUGCUCUGAUUGGUUAAUAUCUCAAAUCUUUAGAGCAACAUUUUAAAUCCUGCACCUUUUGUUUGUACCAUCAUCUUUAAGACUUUAUUUUUAGUCGCAAUGUAUUCUGCUUUACCUGGACUGUUUUUAUAUUUAUAUUGUUGUAUUUCAGUUACAUUUCAUUGGAAUCUACCGAAACAUUACAA